UUAUUUCUCUUUUACAUUAAGUACAGGUGCUACAAAAUGAAGUUCAGAGUUUUGUCUACCUUUUUUCUCCUUACAUUUGCAAAGGGAACAUGGGAAUAUGAUCAUUUUAUUCACCAGGAUUCUUUGCUAUUUGCUGAACUUGGAAGCAGUGUGAUUAUACCCUGCUCUCACUCAGACGACUAUAUAAAUACUGUUUUAUGGUAUAAGCAUUCUGUUGGAAAGAAACCACUUCUCAUAGCGCAUUCAGAACAUGGCUCUGGAAGCAUUACAUAUCAAAAUGGCUUUAACAAUACAAAUCGAUACUUUAUCAGAUCUGAACCUGACUCUUUUAAUUUGACCAUCAUACACUUGGAAGAAUAUGAUUUUGUGACCUACUAUUGUGCUGUGAGUUUCUUGAACAUGAUUACAUUUGGAGAAGGGACAAUUCUUCUACAUAAAGAGAGUGAUGGAAUGAGAAGGACCACGGUUCUCCAGCAGCCUGUAUCUGACAGACUUAAUUCAGGAGAUUCAGUGACUCUGCAGUGUUCGGUCAUCAGUCAGAUCUGUGCAGGAGAAUACAGAGUCUACUGGUUCAGACAUUCAUCAGGACAUUCUGAUCCAGGAAUCAUUUACACUCAUGAUAACAGAAGUGAUCAGUGCAUGGAGAGAUCAGAGAGCAGCUCUUCUACCCAGAGCUGUGUCUACAGUCUCUCUCAGACUGAACUCACACCAUCUGAUGCUGGCAUUUAUUACUGUGCCGUUGCCACAUGUGGGAAGAUACACUUGGGAAAUGGAACUAAGUUGAUUAUUGAAGAUUUAGUCAUCUGGAAUUCAAUUACUUUAGUCCUGGCAACACUGAACAUCAUGACCAUGAUUGUGAUUAUAACUCUGCUGAUAGUGAUUCAUAAGAUCCACAUCAGAGAUGCCUUGAAUCAACCCAGAAAUCAAUGGAAGCAGAUCAUGGAUAUUGAUACCUUACACCAAGAGGAUACACGAGUCAUUUAUACCCAGCGCAUCAUGCGCUAAUUGAUAGUAAUGACAGCUUUAACAUCUCUGCAGGACAACUGCCCUCCAGGAAGAGGAUUGGACACCCAUAUACAAAAGUGAAAAAAGUGACAACAUUUCAAAGUGUUUUAAAAACAAACCGAAGAGCAGCCGUUUCAGCCCAUGCUUUCUUCAGUGCUCAUGAGGCAAAAAAGCAAAACGACAAAAUGUCUCCACAAAGAUUCAAAAUCAUUGUCCUUGUGGGGACAUUUUUUGGUCCCCAUGAGGAAAACAACUUAUAAAACCUUUUUUAAGCUUAAAAUACAGAACGUUUUGUGUAAGGGGAUAGAAAGUUUGUACAGUAUAAAAACAAUUACAUCUAUGGAAUAUCCCCAUAAGACAUGGAUACCCAGUGUGUGUGUUUGAUUUUGUUGCAUAAGAUUGAGGUGUUACAAUGAGACUCUGAGUGCUUACAUUUUAGUUUUUUUUAGUUUUUUUUUUUUUACCACAAAUUAUCUAUAAAAUAAGCAUUAUCCAAUUCAGUCAUUUCAAAUAGAUUUUUGUAAUUCUCAUAGCAUUAACUAAAGCUGUUUUAGCUAGACAUACACUUUUAUGUCAAAGAGAAGAAUUACUUCUCUCAUCUCUUCCACCAGGUUCAGGUUGAUUCUAUAUCAAUGGUCUGUUCUAUUAAUUCAUUGUUUCGCUGUUUGAAUAUCAUUUUAUGUCUUUUUGUGACUGUGUACAGUCAUCUCAUUAUCUCAGCUGAAGAGUAGAUUAUAAUAAAGA